CUUUCCUAACUGAACCGUACCAGUUCAACCUCAUAUUUGUAAAACAGCGCUCUCUAGCGACACUGUCUUGUUGUGCCGUACUUAUCCUUCUCAGUUCAUGGCCGGCACGCGCGGCCCUAUCGAGCAUCACGUGAUCGGAUCCGCGGUUUUGAAGCCGUCGAAGAGUUUCCGGGGAGCAGCUUCGUUCUCCGUGAGUAUCUCGGCGAAGAGAAACGGAGCGCACGAUGACCUGGCUCUGGCGGAAGGUCCGUCCUGCAUAUUUGUCGGCCCUCUGGAGUCUGCCAGCAGAGAAACCCUAGAAGCUCUCUAUCGCCAGGCAAGAGAUGCGUAUUACAGUGGCAAGCCAUUGAUAUUGGAUGACAUGUUUGAUAGAGUAGAGUUAAAAUUGCGGUCAUAUGGUUCGAAAUCCGUCGUCAAGUAUCCACGAUGCAGUCUUAGGCGCCAAUCUACCUACGCGGAUGCUGAGGAAGAUAUAUCACAGGCUUUUGCAUUGGCGAGCAUAUGGAUCCUGUUUUUAGUGAUUGGCUGUUCAGCAUCUCUUGUGCCCAUCAUCUACACAGUGGGUCUAGCUUAUCGAGAUUCAUUCGAUUCAGUAUUUUUGCAUGAUAGCCAAGGAUCUGCGUCAGCGUUUCUUUCCAUGGCGAAUGGUGUUCUCUUUGUUGCAGUUGGGUUGCUGAUUGGCUACCCAAUUAUUAGAGCUUCUGUUAAGGUGCUUCAAAGAUUGUGGACAAACAACCUAGUGGCGCUCAAGGGGCCAUGCCCAAAUUGUGGUGAGGAGGUAUUUGCAUUUGUAAGAUCAGAUCAACCUAAUGACUUCUCUCAUGGAGCAGAUUGUCAUGUGUGUGAAUCCUCAUUAGUAUUCCGCACCAAGGUUGAGAAAGCCAUUUCAGGGCUAGGUAGAAAAUGGGUGUAUGGCCGCAUUUACCUUGCAUCACAAAGUCGAAGGAACUGGCGCCAAAGAUGGAUGUAAGCUCUAAGCCUCUAACACCUCUUCCUAUUAAGUAAAGGCAUUUGUCAAAUAAUGGUAAUUGUCAUGUUCUUGGUAAUUGAAAAUGAAUUAAUAACUUUUGUUGUGAACCCAUAAUUUUCUCGUAUUUUCCUUGGUAUGUGCAUAAUUUAUUCCCCAUGGACAGUCUGAUAAUCUGAUUGUAUAAUUUUGGUCCAAGACCACGAAGUGUGUUUAUGAAUAUGCAAUAUCCUACUUGAGAAA